AUGAACAAGUGCUCACAAAAACCUUUGCAGAGGCAGCGGGCGCAGCUCUCCAAUAAUUUAAUAUCUUUAGAGCCAAAACCGUCAGAAUCCGUGAAAAAGCGUCCCCGGCUCGGGAUUCCGGCCAAAUCGCGUGGGCGAAUAUGCGUAUUGCCUGGAGAUGUUAUUAAGUCUAACCUCUCUAUUGGGUAUCCUUGGGAGUUGGACCUUAAGAGGAGAGGCCUGGGCAUACUCAAUUCCGGCAAGAAUAGUCUGUAUUCUCUAGUCUCCAUAUUUCUGCUUUUGGUACCGAUAGACGUCAUGGCACAUUGUUUUCGACUGAGACCAGUGCCCCUGGGUGCUUUCGGUACUUUCAAACAAGACUUAAGCAAUCUAGAUGCUUUCAUGGAGCGGACCCAGGCUUGA